UCGCGCAGCCUGAAACUAGUUUGGAGAGUUGAAGGUUUUGGUUUCACGACAGCUGGACUUUCCCAACUAGUUGGAUUUAAAAGGGCUGAAAGACGUGUUAUCGCCACGGAAAGCCUUAAUCCAUCCAGUCAAGAUGUUGAAUAUGUGGAAAGUUAGAGAACUGGUUGAUAAAGCAACCAAUGUUGUUAUGAACUAUUCAGAAGUUGAAUCUAAGGUUCGAGAGGCCACAAAUGAUGACCCAUGGGGACCCUCUGGCCAGCUAAUGGGAGAAAUAGCCAAAGCUACGUUCAUGUACGAGCAGUUUCCAGAGGUAAUGAACAUGCUGUGGUUCCGAAUGCUGAAGGACAACAAGAAAAACUGGAGGAGAGUUUACAAGUCCUUACUGCUGUUGGGUUACCUUGUGCGGAACGGAUCUGAGCGGGUGGUCACCAGCGCAAGAGAGCACCUGUAUGACCUGCGCUCUAUUGAGAGUUAUCAUUGCAUAGAUGAAAAUGGGAAGGACCAAGGCAUCAAUGUGCGGCAGAAGGUAAAGGAGAUGGUGGAGUUUGUGCAAGAUGAUGACAGGCUGAGAGAGGAGAGGAAGAAGGCCAAGAAAAACAGGGAUAAAUAUAUUGGUGUAUCCUCUGAUAGUAUGGGGGACUACAGAUACGGAGGGGACAGGUACGAAACACAUUCCAAAUGGGAUGACGACUGGGAGAACAAUAAAGGCGCUUUCCCAUUUAGUGAAAAACUGGGAGAGAUCAGUGACAAGAUUGGCAGCACAAUUAACGACACGAUAAACACGUUCCGCAGGAAAGACAGAGAUGACUCGCCAGACAGAUUCAGUGAGACAGAGGAGGAAAGGAAGAGAGAUUUCCGAAAAAGGCAGUCUGGCAGGAACGAAUUUAAAGAUGAAGAGGAGACUGUGACGACCAAAAGUGUUCAGAUUGUUCAGGCUACCGAGACUACUGCCACGCGAAAGAAAGGAGGGACCCCAUCGAAAACCAUAGACUUGGGAGCAGCUGCCCAUUACACUGGAGAUAAACCUGCCACAACUAUAAAUGCCACCAAGCCAAAUGUCUCGGGUACAAAUCAGUCCAGUGGUGGUCUGGUGGACUUGUUUAUGGCAGAUUCUACACCCGUAAAACCAGCUUCAACAGGUUUAAACUCGGACCUGUUUGGAGGAUUUGCAGAUUUCAGCUCAACUGCAGCUACAGUCAGUCUUCCUUCAGCAGCAGCCUCAGCAUCAAGUGGAAAUGGAGACUUCGGGGACUGGAACGCGUUUUCAGAUGGGCAACCAGCCCCUCCGCCUGUGAAACCGGCAACAGCAGACCUGUUUGCACCUGCCCCUGCCUCCACAGUGCCCUCUGGUGAUCUUUUUGACCUCAUGGGUCCUUCCCUUAGCACCAACAUCAGUGCUUCCCAAAGCAUAAAUUUCUCCAUGACCAGCACUCAAAGCAUGGGUCUGCCAAUGUCCAAAUCUCAGCCUCUUCAGAAUAUGGGGACUCCACUGGUUCCUCAGCAGUCUGUACAAAAACCAGAAGCCAAGAAGGCCUCCGUGCCAUCCACUUGGUCUGAUUCCAGUGUCAACAUCAGUCUCGAUUACCUGAGUCCUGGCAUGCAGCCUCCCAAACCAAGUCAGCCCACACUCAGCAUGAUGCAGCAGCAUGGAAUUCAAGUCCCAGUCAACAUGAUGGCACAGGGUUUUGCCAACAUGAACCUUGGCAUGCAGUCUGGCCCUGCCCCUGUGCGACCCCCCACUAAUCCUAUGAUGGGUAGCAUGGGCAUGUCCCCAGCCAUGGGAGGUAGUGCUACGGGCGUAACACCUAUGGGAGGCAUGCCGCUCAAUCAGGGCAUGAUGGGAAUGAACAUGAACAUGGGAAUGCCAGGAGCUGUUGGCAUGGGGAUGGGAAUGUCAGUGCCAGUCAUGACUAUGAGCCCUCCCAUGGCACAACAGAAGAAUGAUGCCUUUGCUGACUUUGCCAACUUUGGAAAAUGAAGGUGAGAUAGUGGCUGUAAGCUGGGACAAUCUUUCUGGAAGGCAGGAGCAUGAAGGAUUUAAAGAGCUACAAACAAAAAAUACUUGAAAGAUGUUAAUUAUAGCUGCCCAGAAUUCUGUUGUUCCUUACACAAUACAGAUGUGUAAAAGAGUGAAUCUAAUCAGUCUGGCCCAACAGCCACAUGGACUGAUUUGUCUUUGUAUAACAGAGAAAUAUCUGAUUGCACUUCAACUUAACAUUGCUUUAAAUCUCGAAAUCAGGUUCACAUAGAUAGAAAUGUAAUGACAUUGACCGGCCCUAAAUACUAUUCUCACUCUCACUCUUGUAUGUCGUUACUAAUGAUUAUUUGAUUUGUUAAAUCUGAUCAGAAGUUAUUUCCUGUCUUUUCCAUUCUCUUAUACAUAACCUUGUAAAUAUUAUUGAAAAUGGACAUAAGUUAUUUAAAUGAGAUUAUUAAUUAAAAUAUAAAUAUGUUGUUUCAAAUUAUGGGAAUUGGUGCAGAACUAUAGCAAGACAUUGCAAGUGAGAAUCAUGUUAAGAGCAACCGCCGUGGCCUUUGGAAUGGGAAUUUAUUUUUAUAGAAAUGUGAUGGUGUGCAUUAUCUGAGUGUACAGGAGUCUCCCUGAGGCUUUGGUCAUUCAGUGUCCUUACACACACAGUGCCUAUCAACUUGUUGCCUAUACCUUUUUCUCUUGAAUAUUUCUUGGGACAAUAUAAAAUUACAGUAUUUAUUACAGUACUGUAGACUUUUGAGCAUACAUGUAUGCAUGUUUGUUUUGUUCGUUUUUUUUUUUUAUCUGUUUAUUCACACAUUUUCACUGCGUGGCUAGUAUGAGUGAUUAAAAUGUGUGUUUUUUUUUUUUGUUUUUUUUUAUCAUGAUUAUUGUUUUUACUAUAUGCAAGUCGGUUCAUGAGUGAGUCGGGCCAGACUGUACACAGAGAUGUGUGAGGUUCUGCUCACAGAGAGGAAUUGUGUAGGAUCAUUUCUACUGUCAGCAGCAGGAACUCAAACUGAAGCCUUCCGUCUCAUUCCGAAGUAGUGCACGCACAUGCAAAUGACCAAAUUCUGCUUUCUUUCGUCUCUUUGUCCAAGGGAUUGAUGUGUGUCUUUUUAUUUGAUUUUUUUUUUUUUAUUAUUCUGUAGGUUGUGUGUAAGGCUGGGAUAUAAUGAAUAGGGGCUGUGGAUCUUUACUAGAAAAACACUAUACUUUUAUGCAAAUCUCAGACAACCAACAAAACAUCCCUUUCUGUGUAUGGUUCUCACAUUUGUACACUGAUUUGAUUGUACCUAUGAUGGUCUUUUAUGUCCGAGAAUAAAGAGUUGAUUUUCUUGUGGA